UCACCCAGCUGAUUAGCGUCUCCACGUGGAUGUUGACUCUAUUGUCUUUUUGACAACGUAUCUGUACAUGACAUAGGGUCUGAGGAUAGAGCGACAGUAGAUGGGUUUCCCCGCCACUAUCGAUAAGAUGAUGUCACUAAUGAAAGGCUAACAUUUCGUAACAUCAUAAAUGGAUCAUUUCGUUCCUUACUGCGAAUUCAAACUGGAUGAUUUCGGAAAUGCCACGCUGCGCUGGAAGAUGACUAUCGUUGCCUCGUGUAUGUGGCCGUUCUUUCUAAACAUUUGGAUACGGCGAAUGGUUUGUUCGCUUGGAACGAUACAUCUACGGAUUUCACUGAGGAUGUACAACACGGAAUAAGAUGAACCAAGGUUAGAUUUGAUAUCGAAUUUCCAUAAGCAGGAAUAUUUCAACCAGAAUCUGGAUCUCCCUGUUUGCCCUCAAAAGUUCAACCACAAGAUAAAUGAUUGCGACAAAUGCACCAAAACAUGACAACACCGGAACCGGAACUGCAGGAACUGGAACUAGGCAACAGAGUGGAGUCGCCGAACACAUAACAUGCCGAAAUCCUACCAGACAACCGCCGAUAAAUCACAAGGAGACAGUACACGGUUCUUCCGGUGGUGGCAGCACAAGCACAAGCACCAAUCGGUGAAAACCACCGAAAACGAUUCGGAUAACGAUUACACUGACGUCCAUUAUAUAUUCGACCCAGACGCCCCCUAUAUGAAUUCGACAAACUCUACCUUCGCCUCCAAUCAUUUCUUCAAAAAGAAGUUGAUUUUGGGCGACAUUUCGGCUCGACGCGGCCCGGUUGCUCAGCCAAUCACAACCGUGAUUGUCAUAGCCAGUAUCUUUCUAUUUAUUACGAUGUCAAUCACUGCGGCGACUGUCGUGUUCUGCAAAAAGAAAAACACUGUUUUUGUGCUGAAUAAAUCGGAACAAGAAGAUUUAGGUUCAGAUUAUGAGAUGGACGAAUUGACAAAUACUGAUAUGGAAUAUGGUGAUUUCGGAAGUGAAAUGGGUCUGAAUCGCAAAAAGUCUGCCUCGACGUCGACCUGCAUUUCAAAAUUAGAGACUGAUUUAGAAGACACGCGUCGCCCCCUCGUGGCUAAUUUCGAUGACAACAUGGACGAUCAGCGAUAUUUAGUUUCUGAUAUGCCCUAUAGGAGUCGAACUUUGUGCGAGAACGAGCAGAAGGGUUACCGUCGAUUGACGGUGUCUGCUGUCGUCGAGAAGCCGGGAAUUCUGGGUGGCAUAGACUCGGAAAAUGAGGAAUCGCCUUAUCGGAUUCCGAGUAAUUUGUCAAAACAAAAAAAUAAAGGUUUCUAUCGUCUGACUAUGGUUCAGUCAGACGUGGAUAGUGAUUGUGAAAAUAGUCCGGCGCAUAAGAAACGAGUUCCUAACAAACGUGUCACGGGGCGGAAAUUGUGUAAAUGCGCUGAUUCGUCCGACAUAAAUUGGGAUAAUAUCAAAAUAUUACCGUCACAGGAUGGGGAGGAGUUGAUGCUGUAUGAAGCGAAGGCUGAGUGUGAUAUCUGCGAUCAUAAAGGUCAAGGUCAAUUCAGGGGCCGUAUCCAAGGUCAAGGUCAAAUUCGCAACCUUGGUAACGUAGACAAAUUCGAGAAUAUCCCCUUGGAUAAUUACGUUGGGGAUGCUUGCGGAAAAGGGCGCUACCGAAAGGUUCCAACUUUGGUGGAAUCUCCGUUUCAUACACAUUCAAAAGGUGGGGCGGUGAACGGGAUUAAAGCGCGUUCGCCGGAAGUGAUUGUAAAUAGGAAUUUUGAAGACGUUGGGCUGACUCUGCCUGUCAAGUCUGUUUAUGAUAACGAGGCAAACCGGACAUCCGGUGCCCACAACAGUAACCAUAGUAACCAGAGGGGUAGUUUCCGUCGAGGUCAUGAGAAAAGCUCAAAAGAGAGUUGCAGGGUUCAUGGAGUCCAAAACGAUACAGAGGAUGAAGCGGAUGACGAAAUGCCCGAUAGAAGGCGUUAUGUUUUGUAUGAGUUGCCAAGGCAUCGCAGCCAGGGUACCAACACUGGGGUAACUGUGUCGACGCAAACUGGAGAGUCUAAUGAACUGUGUGAAAUUGGCUCAAAUCCGAACUGUGAUGCAAAUUAUGUAACUAUAGCGCCGUCUGGCGGUAAAGAUAUAAAUAGGAAACAGAUGUCGUCACCUGGUGAUAGAAAUGCAAAUGCCAACCAAAAUGUAAAUAAAACACACACGCCGACUGGUGGCAAAACUUUGAGUGAGAUUAUUAUAGAUCCUAAUAUGAGUUCUGUCCAGGGUAUUUUACCCAAUGCUGAAAAUAGUUCGGGUCUUCUAAAUGAAGUGUCGCCAUUUGGAGGGCGUUUCGACAAUCAAAGGAAGAUAUUCCAAGACGUUUCUUGCCAUUCUGACAUUUGUUUAUCUCUGAUGUCACCAACGGAAGUUGGCUCUUUGUCGUCAAGGCAACAGCAAACCUCCGAGAUCGUGUCCCACAAUGCAACAAAACGCUCUUCCCCGCCGAAUGAAGCAAACAAUGAAAAGCUUUCAAAAAACGAAACUGUGUCACGUGCCCGCGACAUGUACACACCACGUGAUGCAUGCUCAAGGUCAGACGACAAGUCAGAACAGAGCAUGCAAGAUUCAACGCUGCCACACAAAGAUGACACAUCAGAAAUAAGCAAUAGUGUUUCGGAACAAGAUUUGGCAAAAAGUCCAAGUUUUCCACAAAGUGUCCCUCCUGUUAUACCACCUAGGCGAUUCAAGAUGCAAUUGGAGGACAAUUUUGCCAGAGGCAACCAAUGGAAAACUCGAGCCGAAGGCGGCACUUCAAACACUUCUCCUAUUGGUCAAGUUUUGAACCACUCUCCCAGCAGUAUUGUUAGUCCAAAUCAAACUCUUCCUUCGUUUGGUGUAGCAGCCGCCAGGGGGCGUGCCGUUGACAAUCUGACCAGUAGGAAUUCAGAACACCAUCCACUUACAGGAGUUUCUCACGUGACCUCUCCACAAUGAAUACAUAUUAAAUUGCUCAUUUGGUCACUUGGACUGUUGAAUUAGUGAAUUUAGGUGUGUUACAAAUGUAUAUACAAAAAGGCUCUUUAAGUUCUGCUAAACGAGCACGUGCUGCGCAUGCUCGGAAAGCAAAGUGAUGGUUGGUCUAGCUUUCCUACACCUCGUCCCAAGGAGGUCUUAAGCUACAUCAGCCACUCUUCGGAUAAAUGCCCAGUAUCACCAUUGAGAAUCAGAAUUAUAAACAUUUGUCGGGAUUCAAUUUUUGGGGGAGCCACUGUCUCCAGCCCCCCCCCCCCCCCUCCCCGCAUCGCUGACUCCUUAACAACUUGCAUUGGAGGUUGAUCAAAACCCAUUAUAAUUUUGUUUGUAAAUAUAAAGGACAAUAGAGGUAAAUAAAUUGCCGUUUGAAAAAGUAAACGUAUUUCCUGUAAAAAUGGCCAGGUGCGCUGCUGCACUGCUUAGUUUACUAGUAUAUAGGGUCUUAGUUUUCUAGUUGGGUCUUAGUUUCUUUCUAUAG